AUGAGGCUUGAAGUCCUGCAGGCGUAUUACCCUGAAAUCAAUAAGCUCAACACCAUUAUCAACAAGCAGAAAAGGGCUUGUGUCAUUGCCAAAAAUGUUAAGGACAUCUCUGAUCCAAUGAGGCAACCUGCUAAAGUUCUUUGGUAUGACCGGGCAAAGUGUGUGCAUAUAGAAUUCUGUGUUGAGAACAGUCGGGAUGUUAAGGUGGACAUAAAAGAACAUAAGGUCAUAUUCAGUUGUCUAAAUGAAGAUAAUAUUCAGAUGUAUAAUGAGAUUAUGCUGCAUGACAGAGUCCAACCAAAGGAUUCCAGGGAGAAGCGUUCAGACUGGUCGAUUACUUGUUUCUUUAGGAAGUGGAAGGAGAAAGUGGCAUGGCCAAGGCUAACCAAGGAGAAUAACAAGCCUGCCUGGUUGUCUGUAGACUUUGACAAUUGGAGAGACUGGGAUGCAGAAGAAGAGGGAGAGAUGGCGUUAGCAGAACAUUACCUGGAUUUGAUCAACCAAGUGAAGGACAAGGGAGCACCUCCUAGUAUGGACGACCUGGAUGAUUUGGAUGAUAUAUGA